CUCCAUGCCUGCCACCCAAUUUUCACGAGCAAAUAGCAAUGACCUGCUUCUAUUAAUACCACCCAAAUAACCUUUGUCUUCAAACACACUUAAUUUUUCCACGCCUUCAAUACACCACACUCUUCUAGCUCCUUGCAAUGGCUGACUCGGAUCGCUCUUCUAGUGAAGUUUCUACACAUUCUACUGAUUCAGGGAAGCGAGGGUCUUCCAAAGUUGAAUUUUCUGAAGAUGAGGAAACUCUUAUCAUCAGGAUGUAUAAACUGGUAGGGGAGAGGUGGUCUUUAAUUGCUGGAAGGAUUCCUGGAAGAACAGCAGAGGAAAUAGAGAAGUAUUGGACUUCAAGAUUCUCAGGUUCUAGUGAAUGAGGUGCCAAGAGUUCUACUACGAUUGGUGUUCAGUCUAGGAUGAGCAAGAAGAUUUUGGGUGCAAGAUUAGUGUGAUUUUGUGGGACAUAAAAACUGAAUUAAAGUUGGCCUUAUUUUAUAGGUAUUUGUAUUUGUAUUGGCUAUAAAAAAAAGUGGGGCAGCAACUAUAGAAGCUGGUUUGUGUAAUAUUUUCCAUCUUGAAAUGUUGCCUGGUGUGAUAUUUUCCAUCUUGAAAUGUUACUUGGUGGUUGGUCUUAUCUGAAUUGUACUUAUUGAUGUUCACCUUCGUGUAUUUUUCUUAUUCAUUUACCAUUUUGGGUUUUUAUCUUGUGUCUGCAAUCUGUAUUGGAAGAGUCCAACUAUGGAAAUGAGAAUUAAUUAGAGACAGAUUCAGUAUGUCA